GAGAAUAUGCGCUCUCCCACAUCCUCUCCCCGAUGGCAUAUGCCCGUAUGCCGUUAGAAUACCGGGUCGCGAAUCUAAGCAAAGACAUCCCCGUCACAUUUGUAUACGGAAGCCAUGACUGGAUGGACCCCGAAGGAGGUGUACGGAGCGUCAAGAAACUGAAACAAGUCAGCAAUAUCGGUAGCAAGAUGUGCACCGUCCCCGGUGCUGGACAUCAUGUUUAUUUGGAUAAUCCGGGAGCUGUAAACAAGCUUUUGGUGAAAGAGCUGGAUCUGGCUACAGGAAGGAACUCCAAGGUUACGUUAAGCAUGCAAUAA